GUAGAGAAAGCCAAUAAGAAGAAGAAGAAAAAACUCACAGGUGAGGAGAAUCAUGGACAAUUAAAACCCCGGAAGCAAAAACGAGAAAAGGAUCUCGUUCCAAAUAUCAGGCACGCCAGGGACCUCUCGAUUAUCACUCCAAGAACCCACAUGACCGUCACUUCUAAAAGCCCCCAUUUGAGUCACAUUGGACUCGAAAGUUCGGAAGAAAACAUGCGUUCUGUUGGGAUCUAUUGCACUAUCAGUCCACGAUUGCCACGUAGACAGUGCAAUCUUAAACGCCUUACUAAUUGGCAUACCGAACUUUAUCUUAUUACCGACCUGAAAAUACCAGCCCCUAAACCAUCCAUGUUACUAUCUCAUGCAACAAAUGCAAUAGAGAAGCAUUACAAACACAUGAUGAUCAAACAAAGUAAACAACUAAAACAAAAACGCGCGUACAUUUCAAAGAGCUUGGUUGGAGUCCACCAAUGCCCCGAAUUGAAAACAAGAAUAUCAGAAUCGACCCAUUCUCCACUAACAUCAUCCAAC